AUGGCAUGUGGGUGUAAUGUUUGGUGUAUAGUUUCCACAGUACUGUUGUUGUUUCUGAAUUUGAAACCUUUGAUUUGUGGAGAAUCACAAGUCCCUUGUUACUUCAUUUUUGGAGACUCACUGGUGGAUAAUGGCAACAACAAUGACCUUUUGACUCAGGCCAGAGCCAAUUUUCCUCCCUAUGGAAUUGAUUUUCCCGAUGGUCCAACCGGCAGAUUCACCAACUGCCGGAAUAUGGCCGACAUUUUGGCUGAACUUCUAGGCUUUGAUGAUUACAUUCCUCCAUUUGCAACUGCAAGAGGCCAGGAUAUUCUCAAAGGUGUGAAUUAUGGAUCUGAGUCAGUUGGAAUUCGAGAUGAAACCGGACAACAAUUGGGUGCUCGGAUAAGCUUGAAUGCACAGUUAUCAAAUCAUAAAAUCACAAUUCGGCACAUUGCUACCUUACUAGGGAGUAAAGCUUUAGCAAAAGAGUACCUAAGCAGCUGCUUAUAUACAGUUGGAAUGGGCAAUAACGACUAUCUCAACAUCUACUUCAUGCCACAGUUUUACCCAACGAGCAGCCUAUAUACACCAAAGCAGUAUGCCAAAGUACUUGUUAAACAAUACUCACAGCAGCUAAAGACUUUGUACAAGUAUGGAGCAAGAAAAAUAGCUGUUUUUGGAGCUGGUCGACUGGGUUGCAUUCCAGAAGCCUUGACUACCUAUGGCACAAAUGAAUCUUCAUGUGUGGAAAUGAUGAACAGUGCAGCCCAACUAUUCAAUGAUAAACUCGAGCUGCUUGUUGAUGACCUCAAGGACAAGCUAACUGAUGUAGAAUUUUCCUAUAUUUAUGCAUCUGGUUCUUCAUCCCAGGUUUCUCCAUCUAAUGAUUUUACAGUAGCAGACGGUCCAUGCUGCAAUGUAUCGACUACUAUGGGCAAAGGUCAAUGUAUUCCCCAGCAAGUUCCAUGCAGUAAUCGCGACGAGUACAUUUACUUUGAUGGAUAUCAUCCUACUGAGGCUGCAAAUAUACUCAUCGCAACAAUUGCAUACAAUGCCAUGUCUGGUCUACUACCCUGUGGAACCUCUUGUAGUAGCAGCCAUGGAGAAAAAUCAGANAUCGAAAAUUUAAACACCUCUAGUAACAAGCCAGAGCCAAUUUUCCUCCCUAUGGAAUUGAUUUUCCCGAUGGUCCAACCGGCAGAUUCACCAACUGCCGGAAUAUGGCCGACAUUUUGGACUUUGUACAAGUAUGGAGCAAGAAAAAUAGCUGUUUUUGGAGCUGGUCGACUGGGUUGCAUUCCAGAAGCCUUGACUACCUAUGGCACAAAUGAAUCUUCAUGUGUGGAAAUGAUGAACAGUGCAGCCCAACUAUUCAAUGAUAAACUCGAGCUGCUUGUUGAUGACCUCAAGGACAAGCUAACUGAUGUAGAAUUUUCCUAUAUUUAUGCAUCUGGUUCUUCAUCCCAGGUUUCUCCAUCUAAUGGUAUGUUAUUUCAACUUUUCUACAUGGGAAAAUUAUAUUUUGCAGACAGUCCAUGCUGUAAUGUAUCGACUACUAUGGGCAAAGGUCAAUGUAUUCCUCAGCAAGUUCCAUGCAGUAAUCGCGACGAGUACAUUUACUUUGAUGGAUAUCAUCCUACUGAGGCCGCAAAUAUACUCAUCGCAACAAUUGCAUACAAUGCCAUGUCUGGUCUACUAUCUUGUGGAACCUCUUGCAGUAGCAGCCAUGGAGAAAAAUCAGGCCUCCAUAGCAUUUCACUGUCUACCACAAGGGCAAAGUUUGUUGCACAAUAA